CACCCACAGCCCCGGUCCGGCACCGCCGGGCACCGCACCGUCCUCCGAGGCGCCCGACUCCGAACCGAGACCGCGGCACCGGCGGCGGGAGCGGAGCCCCAGCACGGACCGGGACAUCAGCGGCACACCGGGCAGCGGGACCGCAGCCCAGGGCACAGCAGCGGGCUGCGAUGCUUCCCGGGGCGGGUCCCCUCGCCUUCCUCCUGCGGUGCCUCCUGCUGCUCCUCGCCUCCGGGAGCCGAGCCCGGGCUCGGCCAGAGGCGUUCUGCGACUUCAACGGCAGGAAGUACAGCCCGGGGGAGAGCUGGCACCCGUACCUGGAGCCGCAGGGGCUGAUGUACUGCAUCCGCUGCAGCUGCUCCGAGAACACCAACAUCAGGUGCUCCCGGAUCCAGUGCCCAGCUGUGCCGUGUGCCAGCCCCGUCACCGAGCCCCAGCAGUGCUGCCCACGCUGCCCUGAGCCGCCCUCGCCGUCGGGGCUGCGCGCCGCAGGCAGGUCCUGCCAGCACAACGGCACCACGUACCGGCAGGGAGAGAUGUUCAGCGGCAGCGAGCUGUUCCCGGGCCGCCAGCACAACCAGUGUGUGCAGUGCAGCUGCUCCGAAGGCCAGAUUUACUGUGGCUUGGUGACCUGCCCCGAGCUGCUGUGCUCCUCUCCCUUAACUGUGCCAGACUCCUGCUGCCAGGUCUGCCAAGAUGGCUCCUUGGAGAAGCCCACGGAAGAGGAACCCCUGCAGUUAAACAGAGGUGUUAGACACUCACAGGACCAGUGCUUGGGAGAGGUGGUGGGGAGGGCACCUGGAGCCACCGUGCCCACUGCUCUCAGCUCUUCCCUGGAGCUAAUUCCCAGGAGCUUCAAGCCCAAGGGAACAGGGGGCACCACUGUGAAGAUUGUCUUGAAAGAGAAGCACAAGAAAGCCUGUGUGUACAACGGCAAGACCUACUCGCACGGGGAGGUGUGGCACCCCGUGUUCCGGCUCUACGGCCGCCUGCCCUGCAUCCUCUGCACCUGCAGCGACGGCGUCCAGGACUGCCACAAGGUCACCUGCCCCAAGGAGUACCCCUGCGAGCACCCGGAGAAAGUGGAUGGGAAAUGCUGUAAAGUGUGUCCAGGCAGACCCCAUCCCACGGCCGCCGCUCGCUGCAGCCCCCGCCCCGGCCCCGGCCGUGCGCUGCUCUACGCGCUGGUGCCGCCGCGCCCCGAGCCCCCCCGGGAGCUCCUCAGGACCCUGGCCAUCGAGAGGGAGCUGGCAGAAGAGGUGGAAAUCUACAACUGGAAGCUGAUUAAAGGAAUAUUCCAUCUGAUCCAGACCAAGAAGAUCAGCAAACAAGAAUUCAAGCAAGAAGCACAAAACUUCAGGCUGAUCACCAGGACAAACGAGGGUCACUGGAACAUCUUCAGAGCCCAGACAGCAGAGCUGAGCAUGACAGAAAGCCCAGAGAAGGAACCUGAGAGCUUGUAAAGCAGAGAACUUUGCUCUGCCUAUUGGUUUAUCUCCACACAGACACACAUACACAUAUAUAUGGACUCCAGAGCUGCAUUAUUAAAUAGACUGGCACUGCAAUAAGGUUACACUAGUGGAAUUCCAGCAACUCCAGAGAUCCACAGCUGUGUGGGUGCCUCUCUCCAGGCUGGCCACCUCCUCCUGCUGCCCCCGAGGGAGGGAGAGACCUGCUGUGGCACGAGGAGUGGGAUCCACCCCAGCAGCACCAGGAGGUGCAGCAGGGCAGAGCAUGGCUGCUUCUUGCCAGCUGCUGGUGGAAACAUGGCCUGCAAAGAGAGAAAAACCAUCCCUCUUUCCUUCCCUGGAGCCCCUGGAGCUGCUGUGUCUUUGGCUGAAUGCCCUCCAAGGGGUGUUUUCUGAAAAAUCUCCUCCCUUCCAGCUGGGAUGACCCUUUCCCCUCUUUGCAGGUCACUUAAGGUGUAGGUUUAGGGAGGACCCACCUGCUGGCAGGGUCUGAGACCCUGGGCACUGCACUAAGGUUGCUACUCAGCAUUUAUUGUGCUACAUAUUUAUCUCUAUCCUAUAUGAUAUCUACCUGUACUGACAGGAGGGGCAUCUCCCAAAGGCAAACAGGAUCACUUCUGCAGCAUGGGGAGGAGGGUGUGCAGCAGCAUCACCUUCCCCUGCCUGGGAACAGCUUUGGGGGAUCUUCAGGUUGUUUUGGUACAUCUAUUUAUCCUGGAUUCUUGUUUUAUUCUGUUUUGAUAAAUCUAUUUAUUUGGAGAUCCAACUCUGUAUUAAAAGUCUUCUUGAUUC